AUGGUAGCAGUUUACAUGAUCACAUUGGUAGGUAACAGUCUAAUCCUCGUCAUGGUUAGAGUUGAUGACCAGCUUCUCACCCCUAUGUAUUUUUUCCUAAGUAAGCUGUCCUUCCUCGAUAUCUGUUACUCUAGCAAUUCAGUACCUUUUUGGUUGUUCAAUGGUUUAAAAGACUACCCUACCAUUUUUUAUACUAGCUGUUAUGGUCAGAUGACGACCACUAUUUUUCUGGGGAUGACAGAGUGUUUCCUCCUUGCUAUCAUGGUUUAUGACAGAUUUAUUGCAAUAUCUAAUCCCGUUUACACCAUCAUUAUGAACAACCAGGUCUGCAUACAGUUGGCCAUGGUGACUUGGGCCAGUGCCUUCCUUUUAGCAAUAAUACUGAUCAUUGCAAUUCCUGCCCAUUUUUGUGGAUGCAAUGUCAUCAAUCAUUUUACCUGUGAGGUCCAGGCCCUAUUGAAGCUCACCGGCUCAAACACCCCAGUCAGACUUAUUCUGGGUCUGGUCAUAGGCAUAUUCACACUGCCCCUACCUUUUAUCUUCAUUCUCAUCUCCUAUACUCGCAUUGUGGUUGUCAUGCUAAGGAUCCACUCUGCAGAGGGCAGGCUGAAAGUUUUUUCCACCUAUAGGUCCCAUAUGACUGUGGUCACCAUAUUUUAUGGAACAGCCAUCUACAUGUACCUGACUCAGUCAAGGGAGUCCCAGGACCAGGGUAAAGUCAUCUCUGCAUUUUAUGGUGUUGUAACUCCUAUGUUGAACCCCCUCAUUUACACCUUGAGAAACAAAGAUGAAGAAGUUAGACAGGGUUCUCUCUGGAGAGAGAAAUAUGUUACAUCUGGAAGUGGAGAACAAGCCACAGGAAAAUUUCUGACACGAAAUCAAGACUGGAUGAAUAGAAAGUGCAGACCACAGGAAGUUGUAGAUCCUAGCGCUUCCCGGAUAUUGGACUUUCUCCCACAUCUCUGCCUGGGAACUGCCAGCUGA